CAGGUUGCUACGACACCGGGGGCCAUGCCUGGCUGGGGUCUUUGGUCCCUAUGGGGUGUGAGUACAGCCAGCAAGCGGCGCUUUUCAGCCCCAGCUGAACCGGUGGUGAAAAUGUCCACAGAGAGGAUCGAGUUACUCUACGCCCCAUCUUUAAGCCCCGGUCAGUGCGCCGUUAGCCGCAGGACACCAGAGGAAACUAUACGGGGAGAGAGACUGGCUGUCUGGGGGACAAACGGCUCCACACUUAUGGUUUGAAUAAAGGGAGAAGAGUUCAUGAUCACCCGGUGGUUUUGAAAAUGAUAGAUACAAUCGAUACACAGCGUGCCUUGCAGGCGGUGGAGCGUCUCCAGGCCAAACUGAAGGAGCGGGGGGAGGUUCCCACCGAGGAGAAGCUCAGUCUGCUCAGAUCGGUGCUUCAAAGCCCACUCUUCCACCAGAUCCUGGCCUUGCAAAAGUCUGUCCAGCAUCUCAGAGAUCAGGGAAGCGACACACCAUCAAGGAGAAGUGACCUCAGUGAUCACAAAGCCAACGGCAGCCAUGCAUCCUACUCAGACAUCCCAGCAACUUCACAUAUCAAUGGCAAAACUUCAUUGGAAGAAUUUGAGCAUAUCAUCCACUCUAUGGCUCAGGGUCGUUACGUGGCACACGUGGAGCUGCAGAAACCGGUGUCAGGGGGUCUCGGCUUCAGCGUGGUGGGACUAAAGAGUGAGAACCGUGGAGAGCUGGGAAUCUUUAUUCAAGAAAUUCAACCAGGAAGUGUUGCCCAUUGUGACGGGAAGCUAAAGGAAGCGGACCAGGUCCUAGCCAUAAACGGUCAGCCUCUAGAUCACACUGUCUCCCACCAACAAGCCAUCAACAUCCUGCAGAGUGCUUCAGAGAAUGUGCAGCUCACUGUGGCCAGAGGGCCGAUACCUCAGCUGACCAGUCCAGUGGUGUCGCGCACACCCUCUGCUGCUAGCACGUUGUCAGCCCACUCCAGCAAGUGGCAGCAUGUGGAGACGAUUGAGUUAGUAAACGAUGGCACUGGUCUCGGCUUUGGUAUCGUUGGAGGAAAAACUACCGGGGUUAUUGUCAAAACCAUACUCCCUGGAGGCAUUGCAGAUCAGGAUGGACGCUUACGAAGUGGCGAUCACAUCCUGCGAAUCGGAGACACCGACCUGUUGGGCAUGGGCAGUGAGCAGGUGGCCCAGGUCCUCAGGCAGUGUGGCAACAGGGUGAAGCUGGUUGUGACCAGGGGACCUGUGGAGGAGGCCCCGUCUGCCGUCAUGUCAGUGGCGCUCCCCACUGUUGCUGAGCAGCAGGGGGGUGAAGAAGAGGAGGUUGAAGCAUUUGAUGUGAACCUUACCAAGAACGCACAGGGACUAGGGAUCACUAUUGCUGGCUAUGUUGGAGAUAAGAAUUCAGAGCCCUCUGGCAUCUUUGUAAAGAGCAUAACAAGAGACAGCGCCGUGAAUCAGGAUGGCCGUAUCCAUGUUGGAGACCAGAUAAUCGCUGUGGAUGGCGUAAACAUCCAGGGAUACACCAAUCAACAGGCAGUGGAAGUGCUCAGACACACUGGCCAGACAGUCCACCUUAAGCUGAUCCGGCGGGGCUUCGGGGCCGACGAGGAGGAGCCCCCCACCUUGACCCCAAUCGUCUCCGUCUUGUCCCCUUCUACCACCAUCCCCACUACCGCCACCGUCAUAAAGGAGCUGGAGUCGGAGAAGAGUACAGCGGAGCAGCCCGCUCAAGCCGCCGCGGCUCAGAAGCAGUUCCAGACAACGAGUGAGGGAUCUGAUGUCAGCUCUGCCGAGGAUCAUCUAACAAAAGACAAACACGGGCUGAAGUUGACACCUGCUGAAGAAGAAGAACUAAUGAAGAAAUGGCAAGAGAUUCUUGGUCCAAAUAAUGAAGUUGUGGUGGCUCAGGUGGGGAAGUUCACUGAGAACAGCGGCCUGGGCAUCAGUCUGGAGGCCAGCGGUGGUCAUCAUUACAUCCGUUCAGUCCUUCCUGAGGGGCCAGUCGGCCGCUGUGCAAAGCUGUUUAGUGGGGAUGAACUGCUAGAGGUCAAUGGGAUUUCUCUGAUUGGAGAGACCCACAAAGAAGUGGUGAGAAUCUUAAAGGAACUUCCAGUCUGUGUGUACAUGACAUGCUGCAGACCCUCUCCAGAUCUCCAGAUGGACAUGGAUGUAGUCCAACCAGAACCUGAGCCUUUUGUCAAAGAGUAUAAACUGAAGAAUAACAUAGACCUCAGCAGUGCACUGGUUUCUGAAGUUUCUGAAACGAACGACAUAGAAGAGCCACAGGAUACAGUGACCGAGGAGGCGAUUGGAUCGCCUUUGGCCAUGUGGGAGAUGGAGAUCCAGAAUAUCGAGCUGGAAAAGGGAGAAGGGGGGUUGGGAUUCAGUAUUUUGGACUACCAGGACCCUCUGGACCCCUCCAAGACAGUGAUUGUGAUCCGUUCGCUUGUUCCGAACGGUGUCGCGGAGAUGGAUGGCAGACUUCUGCCAGGAGACCGACUCAUGUAUGUGAACGACACAAACCUGGAGAAUGCCACCCUUGAGGAUGCCGUCCAGGCCCUUAAAGGAGCCAAGGUUGGGAAGGUGCAGCUCGGAGUCGCCAAACCGUUGCCUGGAAUAUGUGGAUAUUCCCACCCUCCACACCCUUUUGGUGAGCAGGAAAUAACUUCAUCAUCCAUCAUCCAUUCAUUUGACUUCAGCAGUAUUUUGAAUGAAGAAGGAGAGGAAGGAGGACUGACUGAGGGCAUCCUUUACCGAGCAGAACCUGCAUUGAUUGACACUAGCGAAGGAGACCUGUCUGAUGAUAAGAUGUUAGAUCAUACCUACUCUGGGAUGGAGGACGAUACUUUCCAGGCGUCAAUGAUCGCUCUUCACGGCAGCAGCUGCAGCGCUGACCUGGAUUGCCUGCAGUCAUCCACACCCAAGCUGACAGCUCGCCUGAACGUGUUGGAGGAGCACCCAGGCUUUGGAGACGACACUCCGGCAUUCUCCGCGCAGAAGUCGGCCUCUUACACUCCGGCGACUUUGACAGGUCACAUCCCGGCGAUUAAUGCCAUUCUAAGCAGCUCGGAUCAAUACCUGGCAACGCACCCGGGCGAAGAACAAGAACCAGCCGAGCGCUCAGACUCCUGCAGCUUGUUUGCAGAGAUAGCAGCCAAACCUGGUGACCAAGAGGGACCUGUAGAGCCCCCUCUCCAUCUAUCUGAGCCAGCCAUCUCUUUUAGAGAUACUGAAGAUCUGAAGGAUGAGGAGAAGGCUGGUGUGAAAGAACCUGCAGAAGAAGACGACGACAAAGCAGCACUGACCUCCAGGAGAAAUUUUGAAAGGACCAUCACAGUUGUCAAGGGCAACUGCAGCCUCGGGAUGACAGUGAGCGCCAUUAAAGACGGUCUGGGGAUGGUGAUCCGCAGUAUCAUCCACGGGGGGUCCAUUAGCCGGGAUGGUCGUCUGGGAGUGGGCGAUCUAAUCCUGGCCAUAAACGGAGAGCCCACCACCAACAUGACCAACGUCCAAGCUCGUGCCAUGCUCAGGAGGCACUCUCUCAUUGGACCAGACCUUGGAUCUGCUUGUGCACCUGAGGACGAUCUGUGCCCGUUUUUUGUUGUUACGUACGUCCCCGCUGAGUACCUGGAGGAGUACAAGGCCAGCCUUGAUCAAGCUAACGAUGACAUCUUCUCGGAGACGGCUCAAAAAGAUAUUGCCAAACUUCCCGAACGUGAAGAUGGAGAGGGAGAGGAGAGUGCCUCUUACAACAACUGGAAUCAGCCGAGGAAAGUGGAGCUUUUCAGAGAGCCCGGUAAGUCCCUCGGGAUCAGCAUUGUUGGAGGCAGAGGGAUGGGCAGCCGUCUGAGCAACGGGGAGGUGAUGAGGGGCAUUUUCAUCAAGCACAUCCUGGAGGACAGUCCUGCUGGACAGAACGGGACGCUGAAGACUGGGGACAGGAUUGUGGAGGUGGACGGAGUAGACUUACGAGACGCGAGUCACGAGGAAGCUGUGGAAGCCAUACGAAAGGCAGGCAACCCUGUCUCCUUCUUGGUCCAGAGUAUUAUUCACCGACCCAGGAAGGCGCCCCUGCCCUUUCUGCAGCUAAAUAGCCACCGAGACUCCAGCCUUUGCAGCACUAAUCAAAGCUCCUUAGCGCCUGCCCUCCCUCAGCAACAGCCAUCGAUAACAGACUCCAUCGAGGAGAGAGCCGUGCCGAGUCACAGCAAGGACAAGGAGGGUGACAGUCACAAUAGACUUUUUCUCCGCCUCUCCCCAAUUAACCCUUUCACUCCUACCCCGUUUAAGCCGGCAAAGCGUGAAGCGCCAAAGGCAUCUCCCACCGGCUCCAUCCUCCCCCUGCCAGUGGUGCCCCAUGUGGGAGAGAGCGAUACAGACAAGCUCGCUGAUAUUCCUGGAAGACCUGCAGAAACGGUUAAGAAGAGCGAGGAGGAGGAGGAGGAGGAAGAAGAAGAUGAGUUUGGAUACAACUGGAAGAACAUAAUUCAGCGCUAUGGCAGCCUCCCAGGGGUCCUACACAUGAUUGAGCUGGAGAAAGGCAAGACAGGCCUGGGUCUCAGUCUGGCAGGGAACAGGGACCGCUCCCGCAUGAGCGUGUUCGUGGUGGGAAUAGACCCCAACGGUGCAGCUGGCAUGGACGGACGGAUGGUGGUGGGGGAUGAGUUACUGGAAAUCAACAGACAAGUUCUUUAUGGCCAAAGUCAUCAGAAUGCAUCGUCCAUUAUCAAGAGUUCUCCAUCCAAAGUUAAAAUCAUCUUCAUCAGGAACACAGAGGCGCUGAACCAGAUGGCUGUGGGACCUGUGAGAGAGCACGAGGGAGACACGGCAGAGCCCCACGCUGAGCCAAAAGCAUCUGCUGCUAACGGUGAUGAUACUUCAAGACAUGUUCAUCACGUCAUAAAGGUGGAGGAAGACGGCAUCACGUUUGUAGAGGGGAACACAGAGUCCGGCGUUGAGAUUCAGAGCAUAUCUGAAGCAACAGAACACACAGAUAAUGAGGGCUGCAUGAAACCAGGGGACAGACUGUUAGCUGUGAAUGGGGAAUCUGUUCUUGGGUACAGUGUUGAAAAGGUGAAUUUGUUACUAAGAAAGGCUAAAGGUCCGGUGAAGCUCACCUUUGCAACAAAUGAGACCCUGUCCUCCUUCCAACCUCUCCAGUCAGACUGUCAGGACACCGGUAUCUCAGAUGGAGGCCACACCAAGCCUACUACUUUAAGUCAGCCAGAAGCAGAGAUGAGCACUGGUCUGAGUCGCUCAUCCACCCCUUCCACUCUGGCCUGUGACCCAGCGACCUGCCCCAUCAUCCCCGGCUGUGAGACCACUAUUGAAAUCUCCAAAGGCCACACAGGACUGGGCCUGAGCAUCGUGGGGGGCUGUGACACCCUGCUGGGAGUCAUCAUCAUCCACGAGGUUUAUGAAGAAGGAGCAGCCUCCAAAGAUGGCAGACUGUGGGCAGGAGAUCAAAUCCUAGAGGUGAACAGCAUUGACCUGCGAGCAGCCAGCCACGAUGAAGCCAUCAACGUGCUGCGGCAGACCCCUCAGAGGGUCCAGCUGACAGUCUACAGGGAUGAAGCCCAGUACAAGGAGGAAGAGCUGUGGGACUCCUUCACUGUAGAGCUGCACAAGAAGCCAGGCCAGGGUCUGGGCCUGAGCAUCGUAGGAAGGAGAUCACGGGAUCACAGGAGUGACACAGGAGUGUUUGUGUCCGACAUUGUUAAAGGAGGUCUGGUGGACACGGACGGCCGACUGAUGCAGGGCGACCAGAUUCUGUCCGUUAACGGCGAGGACGUCAGGUCCGCCACUCAGGAGGCUGUGGCUGCACAGCUCAAGUGCUGCGUUGGGCCAAUAAAGAUGGAAGUAGGGAGGUUCAAGGCUGGUCCUUUUCACUCUGAGAGACGGCUUUCCCAAAGUAGUCAGAUGAGUGAAACAGGCAGCUCCAAAGUAGCCAGUCAGGCUGGUUCUGAAUCAGGAAACUUUCCAAGUGACUCGGACGUACUAAGCAAAAGUCAAGAGUGCAAUUACUUUCCAGAGCACCAAGACAUCAGAACGGUUGAGUUCACUAAAGGCCCUAGUGACUCUCUGGGAAUCAGCAUAGCUGGGGGAGUGGGCAGCCCCCUGGGUGAUAUACCCAUCUUUAUCGCCAUGAUGAAUCCCAACGGCCUGGCUGCUCAGACACAGCUUAAGAUGGGAGACCGAAUUGUCAGCAUAUGCGGCACAUCGGCUGAAGGCAUGAGCCACUCGCAGGCUGUCACUCUGCUCAAGAACGCCACGGGAACCAUACAGCUGCAGGUGGUAGCAGGUGGCGACACCACCGUGACCGGACCCGCUCAGAAGCAGGAAGGGGGUUCUCUGACGCCCAGCUGCAUCUUCCAGGAUGAUAUUAGCCCACCUCAAUAUAAGACCAUCACUCUUGAAAGGGGACCAGAUGGACUUGGUUUCAGUAUAGUGGGAGGGCAUGGCAGCCCCCAUGGAGAUUUACCCAUUUAUGUCAAAACAGUGUUUGGAAAGGGGGCAGCAGCGGAGGACGGCCGUCUGAAGCGGGGAGACCAGAUCAUCGCUGUGAACGGGCAGAGUCUGGAAGGGGUCACGCAUGAAGAAGCCGUCGGCAUCCUGAAGAGGACCAAGGGAACUGUUACCCUCACUGUGCUUUCAUAGAAGACAAACCACCGUCACCAUCUUUCUGCCCCACAAAGACUGAAGCUGACUCCGCAGUAAUCUCACUGUUAAGGUGACUGUUUGCAUCCAGCAGAGUCUACAUAAUCAUGAAGACACGUAUUGCUUACUGUAGGUCUGAACACUGUGGUCCGUUGAAGCCUACUGACAGACUAAGAAGAGAUCAUAGCAAUAAGUAUUUGAAUUAUGUGAAGCAUUCCCUGACACUGGAUCAAAGUAUGUUAACGCUGCUCUGAAGGAAAAUCCUAAAAACGUAGUUUAAAUGUGUUUCAGAUCUAUUUGUUGAAGUAUUGUAAUUAGUAGUAGUGAAUAGUGCUGCUAAAGUUCAUAUAUAAGGUCAUAUGACACAGUAUUUGUUUUGUACUACUUCUCAUUUAAGUGUACAGAAACUUAAAUAAACAAUUUUUUAGAGACAUUUCUAGGAAAAAGUGGGUGGUCUGAUCUUAUGAUUAUAAGGUUCAUGUUGGCCCAAAAUAACGUGAACCAGUGUGUAGUUGUGGAGGUCACUGGUCUGUUUUGAAGUCUAGAUUUAAAGAUUAAAUGUCUGUUUUAUCACUUUAAAUUGAUUUUUAGUAGUUUAUGUAAAGGUAUUGAGUCUAUUCACACUGAAAUUAAACAAUAAAAGUGACCUUUGGCUUUAA